GUUCCCGCUGAAACUGAUCUGCCAUGAAGACAACGUGGAUUCUACUGCUUGUUGCCGCUUGUAUCUACUACGCUUUUGCGGAGGAUCAGGCUAAAAAUGGGACAGAUGUGAAACCAAAGAAAGCCUCCAGAAUCCUGAUACAGGAGGAGAAAGGAGUUCUCAUUCUGAAGAAGUCCAACUUUGACCAGGCGCUCAAACAAUACAAGAAAGUACUGGUAAAUUUCCAUGUGCCUCUUUCUGGAGAAUCUCACAGUCUUUCAUUGGAAUUCGUCAAAGCUGCGGCACAACUUAAGGCAGAGUCCUCCAAAAUACGACUGGGAGUGGUUGAUGUAUCGAAGGAAAAAGACCUAAUCAAAGAUCUCAAUAUGACUGGAACUCCAUCCCUGAGAUUUUAUAUGGCAGGAGACAAAUGGAAUCCAAUUAUCUGCCCUGAUCUGAGAACUGCAGAUCACAUUAUCACCUGGCUAAAAAGGAAGACUGGCCGCAGUGCUGAACCGAUCAAAGAUGUCAGCCAGGCAGAAACUUUUCUCAUGGCUGAGGACCUGGUGGUCUUGGGCUUUUUUAAGGAACUUGACAAUGAGAAAGCAGAGGUAUUUUAUGCAGCUGCUACUGACAUCCCCAAUUUGCCGUUUGGAGUGACAAAAAGCAGACAUGUGUUUAAUAAGUACGAAAUUACAACAGAAACUGUGGUAUUAUUUAAAAAGACCAAAAAAUCCGAAGAGUAUGAAAUCUCCACUGAAACCAAAAAGGAAGAUCUGAUGCAAUUUAUCAAAGUUAAUGAGAUGGAUCUUGUUAUGGAAUAUAAUGGGACGACAUCUGCAAGAAUAUUAAAUUCUAUGGUCCCAAGUCAUGCUAUACUGUUCGCAAACAAGAGUGAAGAAAAUUUUGACAAAAUCUAUGGAGAAUUUGAAAUGGCUGCAGCUGAAUUCAGGGGCAAGGUAUUAUUUGUGUUAAUUAAUACGGAUGAGCACAGAAAUGGACGGAUGCUGGAGUAUUUCCGAGUGCGUUACUCGGAAACCCCCUUGGUUAGAAUAGUGAACCUCACUGACAACGUUCAGUACCAAAUGCAAUCAGAGGAGGUCACAGUGGACAAGGUUAAAGACCACUGCUUGACAUACUUGGAUGGAAAAGCAAAGCCCAAACUGAAGAGUGAGCCAAUUCCUAAAAACUGGGACAAAUUGCCUGUUAAGGAACUUGUUGGCAUGAACUUUGAAAAAGUUGCCUUCAACGACAACAAGAACGUUUUUGUCAUGUUUUAUGCCCCAUGGUGCAAAGAAUGCCAAGCCUUUUUUUCUCUAUGGGAGAAACUUGGGAAGGUGUAUGAGAAGCAUGAGAGUGUGGUCAUUGCCAGGAUAGACAGCACUGCCAACGACAUCAACGUUCUCCUUCAGGAGCGCAACCCCUCCUUCAAAUUCUUCCCUGCAGUGUUCUCUGAGAAGGUGGUUUCUUACGAUGGAGAGAGAACCCUAGAAGCAUUUACUGAAUUUGUAGAAGAACAAAUACAGUUAGCCAAAGACUUAAAGGCAAAGGAAGAAAUUGAGAGAGCAAAAUAUAUCGAGCAGCAAAAAUUAAAUGAAAAGAAAAAGGACGAACUUUAA